AUGACGCAAAUCAAGAAGAUCAUCAAUUCCAUCAGGCGCAAGCCAGCAACCGCUAACGAUGGCGAAUUAGAUUAUGAAGCAAAAGGUUUAUCUGAAGAACCAAAAAAAGAAACCUCAGUCUUUCACGAUCUUGGUAAAUUGGGUAAAGACGCAUUACCACUUGCCCAGGGCUUGAAAGAUUUAGCCAAAGGUCAACCUCACAACGAUCGAGACUUGUUACUGGAGCACGGCACAAGCGCUUUGCAAAGAUUGCCUGCCAACAGUGGUCUGAGUCAUGCACUCUCUGAUGGCUUUGUCGGGAUGCUCUGGAAAGAUUUGCCUCACCCCCCCGCAUCAUACCUUGGAUCAGAGUAUCGCUAUCACUCCGCAGAUGGCAGCGGUAACAAUCCGCUCAACCCAACAUUGGGUGCUGCUGGGCAGCCAUAUUCGCGCAGUGUACCACCUCUUACGCCAAAAUCGCCAUUCUUGCCUGAUCCUGAAUUAGUCUUUGAUCAAUUGUUGCGCAGACGUACGUUCAAACCUCAUAAAGCAGGUUUGAAUCGUUUGUUUUUCAGUUUUGCAACAAUUGUCAUCCAUGAGUGCUUCCAAACCGAUUACAAAGAUCCAAGAAUCAAUGCAACAACAAGUUAUGUAGACUUGUCAACAUUAUACGGAAACAAUCAAGAUGAGCAAGACCGUGUCCGUACAUUUGAACAAGGACGCAUUUACCCGGAUACGAUUGCAUCGGAGCGAGUCAUGAUGAUGCCUCCUCCUGUGGUUGCAUGUCUGUUGUUGUUCUCUCGUAACCACAAUCAUCUGGCUGAGCGUUUGUACGACAUUAAUGAAACGCAAAAAUACAAGCCUUGGGAAACUCUGAACGAAGAGCAGCGCAAAUGGCAGGAUAAUGACAUCUUCCAACUUUGUCGUAAUAUCAACAUUGCUUCCUUUGCCAAAGUAGUCUUGUCAGAUUACGUCUCUGCGAUUCUCAACACCGUUCGUGCUGACUCAGAAUGGCAUUUGGAGAUCGGCAAAGAGACCAAAUGCUUUGACGGAUCUCGCUUAGAGAGAGGCACGGGUAAUAGCGUUUCAUGCGAAUUCAACGUUUUGUACCAUUGGCAUGCUGCAUUGAGUGCUGCCGAUGAGAAAUGGAUGGAAGAAAUGAUGAAGAAAGCUCAACCUGAAACAGAUAUUGAGGAUUUCGGUCCGAAUGAAUUACGGCAAAUGGCUGACAAGCAUAAAGCAGUCCUUGAUGCCGUUCCACCAUCGCAAUGGACUUUCGGCGGCUUGGAGCGUAAUCCUGAUGGUCACUUUGACAAUCAUGCUUUGGGCGAAUUGAUCAAAGAUGCAAUUGAAGAGCCUGCAAACGCUUUUGGCGCUCGUGGUAUACCGUCGUGCAUGAAGACCGUGGAAGUUCUGGCUCAAUUACAAGCACGAAAUGUUUUCAACGUUUGCACCAUGAACGAAUUCCGUACUUUUCUCAAUUUGACUCCUUUCAAAUCAUUCGAGGAAUGGAAUCCAGAUCCAGAAAUUGCUCACGCCGCUGAGACUCUGUAUGGUCACAUUGAUCAAUUGGAACUGUAUCCCGGUCUUAUGGCCGAGGAAACAAAGCCAAAUAUGCCCGGCAGUGGUCUUCAACCCGGUCAUACGAUCGGUCGUGGUAUUCUAGACGAUGCCGUCGCUUUGAUUCGCGGUGACCGCUUCCUUACGCAUGAUUUGAACGCAAGCACUUUGACCAAUUGGGGUGUAGCACACAUCAAACCGACUCCAGGUGCAUACGGAGGCUUUUUGAGCAACCUCUUGUUCAACGCCCUGCCUAAUUCAUGGGGUCAGGGAUUUUCUACGUAUUGUUUGCUUCCAUUCUACACUCCUAAUGCAGUCACACAAAUCUUGAAAGCAAACAAAAAGUUAGAGCAUUAUGAUACGCAACGACCGGAAAGUAUGGUGAAGUUAUAUGGACUUCAUUCUUGGAAAGCUUGCAAAGAGGCAUUUGCCGAUCGUGAUACCUAUCGAGUGAUCUAUUUACCGAAUCUGUUACUCUUGACUGAUAACGCAGGCUUCUUUAUCGGCUAUGAUGACCGUGCCAGCCACGAUCCGCCGCAUGAUAUCAUGCGCGAUGCCUUCUUCGAGCCAGACUUUGAGAAGCACGUCUCUGACUACUAUGGAAACUUGACCAAAGAAAAAAUCAAGAAAGCAUCUCUCUCCUUCAACGGUCCUGCCAAACGCAACCAAUUGAACGUAAUUCGAGAUGUAUUCAAUGUCGUUCCGAUUUAUUGGAUUGCACAAAAGUACGGUAUUCCGCUCAAGACGAAAGAAACGCCACAUGGUCUCAUGUCGCCAUAUCAAUUACACACCGCUUUGGUGGCCUUAUUCAUUUUUUCAUCCUUUGAUGUCAUUCCACAAGCUGGUUGGAAAUUACGUCAAGCGGCGGAGACGAUUGGGCCGGGAAUUCGUAAAUUGUUCAAGGCACGAUUAGAUACUACAACUGGUGUAAGGGAAAGUGUAGCAGACUGGUUUGCAAAAGGAAGUGGAUAUGAAUUGAGCAAAGAAGCCGAAUACUUGUAUCACAAAAUUCACGAACGCAAGAUGCCAACGGACAAAGCGGUUGCCACUUUAAUGGGUACGAUGCUCCCGAUCGCGGGAAACAUUACACAACAAUCUGCACUAUUAUUGGAUUUGUUCCUGAAGCCGGAAUACGAGUACGCAAAAGAUCGUUUGGUAGAAUUAUCACAUCAAGAUACCGAAGAAGCACAAGAUGAAAUGGAAAUGUGGAUUUGGGAAGGUAUGCGUAUUGCUGCAAUUGUGCCUGGCUUACCACGAAAAGCCGCUCGCGAUAUCAUCAUUGAAGAUGGUCCUGGUCGCACACUUCAUAUCAAGGAAGGUGAACAUUUGAUCAUUGGAACGAGCAAGGCGCAUUUAGAUCCCACUGUCUUCCCCGAUCCGCAAAAGCUGGACCCAACUCGCCAUAAGGACUCGUACAUUUUGCUCGGUCAUGGGUUCCACUUUUGCUUUGGCGCUCGUUUGAUCGCCCCGAGUAUUUCGGCCAUGUUGCGUGAAGUGUUCAAACUCAAGAAUCUUCGUAGAGCUUCCGGACCAAAAGGAUCGCUUGUUACAGUACACGAAGACUUGGGACACGAUGGCGACGCUGUUCGUAUUAACUUGUACAUCGAUCAAUCGUGCAACGAAAGUCCGGUGCCGACUUCUCUCGUUGUGGAGUACGACAGCGAAGAAAGCUAGACUUGUUGAGUCACCUUUCGUAUCGCGAAUGCAAUGAGAUGCCUACUGCAACAAUCAUCUUGAACUUGGACGUGGUUCGCCAACAGCCUCUUUAGCUAACGAUUCUGCAAUUCGUCUUGCUUCUUCAUUUUGUUCCGAUUCCGCCGGCUUUAGGCCAUAUGACUGACAGAAUGCCGUCCAAGAUCCAUAACUUUGGACAACAACUCGUGCAUCCUUACUCAGAGGUGGUAUCAAUCCAUCGGUGCUUGGCAUUCUGAUGAAGAUUGGAGUUGAGGUUGAAUGUAUAAGAAAAGAAGCAGGGAAGACAGCCAUGUCGUGUAUCAUUCGUCACAUAAGCACAAGCCAUCGUUGUUGGAAUAUUGCGUACGCCUGGCGCGAGGACUGGCGUCUAUAGGCUGUAUUCUAUCUGAUGUGAAGUAAUGCACGAAGCAAAUCAGUCAAAAUGUCA